AUGGCGACGCCUGAGUGGCUCAGAAAUAAAAUGAAUACCUACAAGACACAUGGUGGGUUGAACCGUUCCACAAAUGCUUUAGUCAUUGAUGAUUUCUCUCUUGAUGACCUUACAAAAGACUUGUCAGCUGAUGCCUUUGUUGAUGAGAAAGAAGCCUUUUUUCUGGCUGAAACAUCUGGUGAAGACUGUGCACAGAUUACAAGGCAGUGUGCUUCACCUCAAAGUCCUGAAGAACUUGCUUCAGACUUCACAUAUCCUCUUGAGACUCAGAGAGCCUCCAGUCCAUCUCGGCGACCAGCAAAGAAGAAAGUUCUCACAAAGAAAAUCUCUAAGAACACUGGCCUUUCAAAAACAACCACUCGUAAACCUGUGAGCAAUCCUGUGUUAACUCCCUGUCACCAGCAAACAAAGCCGAAACAGAACAAAAGUCCAUCUCAUGCUGUUGAAAAGUGUAAUUCUGCAGAGUUGCCAAGUAUAACUGAAAGACUUGGUCAGCUGCGACCAUCACGUGAACUUCUGGAAUAUUAUCGAAAAAAGAUUGCUGAAUAUGAUGAUGAACACAAUAAAGUAGUUAACAAAGUGGAAAAAUAUAAGGACACCUUUGAGGAAUCUGGAAGGUUGCAGUGGGAAUUACGACAACGUGAAGAGGAAAUUGCUGAACUACAAAAAGCUCUGAGUGAUAUGCAGAUCUUCCUGUUCCAGGAGAAGGAACAUGUUCUCCGGCUCUAUGCAGAAAAUGACAGAUUAAAACUUCGUGAACUUGAAGAUAAACAGAAAAUCCAGCAGUUGCUUUCACUUGGCAACUAUCCGUCAGGGGAGGUAACCUAUUUUCAUAAAGAGCCACCUGCAAAAGCCAUCAUUGAACAGAAAUAUCCAUAUAAACAAGACAAUAACACUUCAGCCAAAGUGUGUUCAAAGAAGAAACAAAUCCAUAAUCCUGAGGAAAAUGACAACAAAAUACUCUCUCUGCAGAUUGAAUGUUUGCAGGCACAGUUGGAAGAGCAAACAAAACAUGCAAAAGAAAAUGUUGAAGCUCUUGUUGCUGAUCGUAAAGUCAAAGAAGAGGAACUUGAGGCUCGAAGACUGAGAGAUGAAGAAAAAAUUAGAGUUCUUCUAGAAAAGCUCCAAAAGACUCAAGAUCUAUUAUAUGAUAGCACUAAAGAUUUCCUUCAGCUACGCUAUGUACAGCGGAGACAACCUCUCUCCACAGUCCGUUUCUCUCUCUCUCUCUCCACAGUCCGUUUCUCUCUCUCUCUCCACAGUCCGUUUCUCUCUCUCUCUCCACAGUCCGUUUCUCUCUCUCUCUCCACAGUCCGUUUCUCUCUCUCUCUCCACAGUCCGUUUCUCUCUCUCUCUCCACAGUCCUUUUUCUCUCUCUCUCUCUCCACAGUCCGUUUUCUCUCUCUCUCCACAGUCCGUUUCUCUCUCUCUCUCCACAGUCCCGUUUUCUCUCUCUCUCUCCACAGUCCGUUUCUCUCUCUCUCUCUCGUUCUCUCUCUCUCUCCACAGUCCGUUUUUUCUCUCUCUCUCUCUCUCUCCACAGUCCGUUUCUCUCUCUCUCUCCACAGUCCGUUUCUCUCUCUCUCUCUCCACAGUCCGUUUCUCUCUCUCUCUCUCCACAGUCCGUUUCUCUCUCUCUCUCUCCACAGUCCUCUUCUCUCUCUCUCUCUCUCCACAGUCCUCUCUCUUCUCUCUCUCUCUCCACAGUCCGUUUCUCUCUCUCUCUCCACAGUCGUUUCUCUUUCUCUCUCUCUCUCCACAGUCCGUUUCUCUCUCUCUCUCUCCACAGUCCGUUUCUCUCUCUCUCUCUCCACAGUCCGUUUCUCUCUCUCUCUCUCCACAGUCCGUUUCUCUCUCUCUCUCUCCACAGUCCGUUUCUCUCUCUCUCUCCACAGUCCGUUUUCUCUCUCUCUCCACAGUCCGUUUUCUCUCUCUCUCCAGUCAUUUCCUCUCUCUCUCUCUCCCAUAGUCGUUUCUCUCUCUCACAGUCCGUUUCUCUCUCUCUCUCCACAGUCCGUUUCUCUCUCUCCACAGUCCGUUUUCUCUCUCUCCACAGUCCGUUUCUCUCUCUCUCUCUCUCUCUCUCCACAGUCCGUUUCUCUCUCUCUCCACAGUCCGUUUCUCUCUCUCUCCACAGUCCGUUCUCUCUCUCUCCACAUCGUUUUCUCUCUCUCUCCACAGUCCGUUUCUCUCUCUCUCUCCACAGUCCGUUUCUCUCUCUCUCUCUCCACAGUCCUCUCUCUCUCCACAGUCCGUUUCUCUCUCUCUCCUCAGUCCGUUUCAGUCCUCUCUCCACAGUCCGUUCUCUCUCUCUCUCCACAGUCCGUUUCUCUCUCUCUCUCCGUUUUCUCUCUCUCUCCACAGUCCGUUUCUCUCUCUCUCCACAGUCCGUUUCUCUCUCUCUCCACAGUCCGUUUCUCUCUCUCUCCACAGUCCGUUUCUCUCUCUCUCCACAGUCCGUUUCUCUCUCUCUCUCUCUUGUCUCUCCCCUCCCCAGUCUCACUUCCCCCUCCCUGUCCCCACAGUCUUUAUUUCUCCCUCUCUCCACAGUCUAUUUCUCUUUACUUUAUAAAUUAA